AUGGAUUUUAAUGCGAAGAUAAAUACAGCCAGGGCUGUUCCAUUUGCCGUCCUGGUGCCUAUUCGUUUUAACCUGGCACUGUCUGCAUGUGGUGCCAUUGUAUUGCCCAAAUUUUACUCCCUUCUGCAAGCACUGUACACGGAUUCUGCAGCUGAUAGGUUUGGAGUACAUCAUAUUUACGUUUGCCUCUUUUCUUUAUCUGGACCCAACGAAAAUUGCAGUGCUUUGGCAGAUGGUUGUGAUCCCAUUUGGUCAUGA